CCGCCCGCCGGCGGCCGCCCUUCCACCUGCCGGGCGGGAGCGCCGGGACGGCGGCGGGCGGCCGGUUCCCCGCUGGACGAGGGGGUCGAGGAGCCCCGUGGGCGCCGGGGAUGCGCCGUGGCCCCUGCCCCGGAGAGCCCCGGGCGGGGCCGGCGGUGGGUGCCGGGCCCCGGUGCUGCUGCCGGUGCGGCUUUGCCCGGGUCUGCGCAUUUUCCACCUCUCCGUGGAAGCGGCUUUCACGUGCUAACCCGGCGGUGUCCCUUGCAGACGGUAACUUUGUUACUCCUCCCAAACAGGGCAGAGAAAGCUCCCCGAGGCAGGGGAAUGGCGCUUUAGAGAAAACAAUUAAUUUUUCAUGCCCUUGGAAGAUCUGGUUUCUCUCUACAAAUCCAUGAGGUUGUUUAUUGUAGCCUGUACUUUACAUUUGUGUUUUAGCAUACCGGAAUAGAAGGGAUCUAUCGGAAUGCUGUAAGCUGCUAAAGCAAAAGGCAGCUGGUCCGGUAACUCCCGCAGCAUCGCGGCUUCGCUUUAACUUCAGCCUUUGCAGCAAGUCCGCGAUUGCAGGGGAAAGGACUCGCUGCCGGUUUAUUCCUUAUGGAACCGUCCAUGUUUAAAAGCUAACUUUAUUUUCAUUGGUCAGUGCUAAUUUAUAUAAACUGUAACCAAACAAAAACAGAGCCUUGAAACGGAUAGGGUUUUCAAUGCAGCUGCCAGUAUGCACUGAAAUUAAAUAAGUUAUUUAUUUAUGUUUGGAAAAGUUGUCUUUUUUUCUUCCUCCCCUCCCCCCCAGGUCUUGUGUAACCUUCAAAUUUGUUGUGAACAGAGAUCAGCAAAUCUAAAUUUAGGUCUUAAAUCAAUCCUCAACAAUAGUAUCCUCACAUGCGUAAUCACUCUUUUUCUUGGCAAUAAAAAUUCCUCAUUAAAAUAAGAGUUUUUUAAAUUUAGACCACUGUGUGAGUCCCUCAUCAUUUUCUUAUCAUAUGACUGUUUGUCAUUCUUUGGCUUUUGUUUGGUGCUUUUGUGUGUGUGUGUACUUGAGAGCUUACAAAUCAAUUUUUAGUCUUGCUGGUUUUCCUUUUAGAUACAUAAUUAUUAUAUUUUAUAGUUACAAAUCAAUUUUUAGUCUUGCUGAUGUUCCUUUUAGAUACACAAUUAUUAUAUUUUAUAGUUUUACUAGGAAACUUAGUGAAAGAAAAUGUGUUUCAAUAGUUACUAUUACAACCAGAAGAACUAGGAAUGGUUUUGAUCCAUAUAUGGAGAAGCUGGAAAAAGCUGUUCCUCUCUUCAUUGCGGUUUGAAAAGCAGUACACAGUAUCACAUUGAAAUAUAGUUGCCUUCAUAGUAGACAGAAUAUAAAUUUUGACAUCAGUUGUGCUGAAACAUCGAAGCUCUGGUUUCUGAGCUGUUAGGUGUGUUGUUACCAUAAUAUUUUUAACUUUAAAUAGUGAUUUAUUUAAUGUUUUGUAGAUAGAUCGGAAGGUGAAGGGAACACCUGACUUGUUUGUUUGUUUGUUUUUCCUUAAACACCGUGUUGAAGGAGGAACUGUUGUUGUGUUAUGUAUCUAUAUGGAGGCCUGGUCUCUUUUGGAGAAUAUAUUAAAUACGUUAAAGUGAAGUGCUAAUAGACAGUCAUCAGCAUUCUUCUGAAUUAAACUUUGCUCUAGAACCAAAAGUAUGUGCCUGACCUGUGCACCUCUGAAAACUUUGUAUUUACUUAAAUUAGGCUUGUUACUAUGACAGCUAAUGAUGUUGAAAACUUGCUGUGUUACAAUGAAGCACUGGUUGUGCAGAUACUUGCAUGUGAAACAGUUUGUUACUAAAAUAAACACAGGCAUAAGGGUUUUCCGGACCAAGGCCAAGUUCGAAUAAAGGGGAAGCAGCGCUUGCAGAUCCAGCUAUCGAUUGCAGGAGCUGCAGCUGGGAGAUUUGCAUGUCAGUGUAUCAUUUGAUGAGAUUCAGUGAACAUUUACAGUCAGUGACCUCUGGCAGCAUGUUGGCUGAUUUGGAGACAGAGAAGGGGUAACUGUGAAUACCUGUGAUACGUGGCAUGUCUCUGCAAGCAGCGGGGUUGUUGGAGUACACUGGAGAUCUAAUAGAAAAUGUUUACAUAGCUUCGAGAAGCAGGAAGGAGCCCAAGUCCCCGCAGGCCAGCGAGGUCCCCGUGCACAGGCCGCGGGUGAACAGCAUCACUGUUUCUAAGAAACGCAGCUGGCUGCAGCAGAGCACGCACCGACCUCCUCCUCCGCCAGCAGAAGACAAUACCUCCAAAGAAACGCAGGAGGCUGUUAUCCCGGUACCCAAAUCUCCCAUCCUGCUGUCUGAACCCCCGGUGCUGCGGGCUCCUUCCACAUCACCCGUGUGGCGGGAGCGCCCGGUGCGAAGCUGCGCCCCCAUCAGUGCCCUGACAAGCACUGCGGGUCCUGCCGUGCCGAGGAGCGCCGCUUCGGACUUUGGUGAGGAUAACGACGCAGAUGAUGAAGGAGAAAUAUGGUACAACCCCAUCCCUGAAGAUGAAGAGCCCGACUUGCUGAGGGUCCCCUCUCAUGCUGUGAAAAGCCCUGUUGCUGCUGGCUCCCCACUGAUUCGGUACAACCCCCUCCCUGGGGGUGACUUGGGGACAGCCACAGGUCCCCACGAGGGUCCCCCAUGCUCUGUGGGGAGCACGGGGACCAGCCGGACAGCUCAGCCCAGUGAAGCGAGUCCGGCCGAUGCCAUGCACGCUGGGCAGCACGUGCAGCAGCACUGGCAGAGGUUUGCCUGCAAGACUCCCAGCCUGCCGGCAGCAGAGGACAAUCCUGCUUUUAAGUGCCCUUCAACAGGGUCUGGAGUUGUACUUGCACACAAGGCUGAUGUACCCUUAAUAGAAGUUUCUCCUCCAAGUCCCAGUCCUCUGAAAAAAGGUGGCUCAAUCAACUGGCCUUUCCCUGAUAGAAUUAAAUCUCCCAGGACUGUGAGGAAGCUUUCUAUGAAAAUGAAAAAGCUGCCAGAGCUGAGCAGGAAGUUGAGUGUCAAGGGAAUGUCAAGCCAUACUAGUUCAGAUAAUCCUUCCCUGCCAAAGGGAAGCUGCCGGGAUACAAGCCAUACAGUGUCUCUGCCAUCUUCUGGAAACUCUACCACAGCUGCCAGCAGGAAUGUGAUAAGUCGUUACCAUCUCGACAGUAGCGUGUCAUCGCAACACACCUACAAAAAGAAAAGCUCAAGGAGCUCCAAAUCCUUCAACAAAGGUGGUUACCUCAGUGAUGGCGACUCUCCUGAACUUAUAACGAAAUCAGGGAAACAUGGGCAUGAAACCAAGUGUGGGAAAGGAAAGGAGGGUCUUCCAAGUAACAGUGGUAAAACUGAAAUAGAUAUUGAUGCUUUCAGACACUACAACUUCUCUGAUCAACCCAAGUGCUCUCAGUACAUCUCUGGACUCAUGAGCAUCCACUUUUAUGGUGCUGAAGACUUAAAACCACCAAGAAUAGACUCAAAAGAUGUCUUUUGUGCAAUACAGGUUGACUCAGUAAACAAAGCAAGAACAGCCCUGCUGACAUGUAGGACAACAUUUCUAGAUAUGGACCACACAUUCAACAUAGAGAUUGAAAACGCUCAGCACUUAAAGCUGGUGGUGUUCAGCUGGGAACCCACCCCACGGAAAAAUCGGGUGUGUUGUCAUGGAACUGUGGCUCUUCCCACUCUCUUCCGAGUGACAAAGACGCAUCAGCUGGCUGUCAAACUGGAACCGAGGGGGCUUAUUUACGUCAAGCUGUCGCUCAUGGAGCAGUGGGAAAACUCUCUUGACGGCCUUGAUGCAGAUCGGGAGCCUGUGAUGUUUGGGGUAGAUGCUCGAAAAGUUGUGGAAAAGGAAAAUGCAGGCUUGAUGGUGCCACUUUUGAUGCAGAAGUGCAUUCUGGAGAUUGAAAAGAGAGGCUGUCAGGUGGUCGGCCUGUAUCGCUUAUGUGGCUCAGCAGCUGUUAAGAAAGAGCUUCGGGAAGCGUUUGAGAGGGACAGCAAGGCUGUGACUCUCUGUGAAAGCCAGUACCCAGAUAUUAAUGUCAUAACAGGUGUCCUAAAGGACUAUCUGCGAGAGCUACCAUCUCCCCUGAUAACCAAGCAGCUCUAUGAAGCCGUGCUGGACGCCAUGGCAAAAAAUCCCUUGAAAAUGACAGCAAGUGGUUGCGAGAAUGAUCUGAGUGACUCUGAGCACACAGCAGCCCUUCUGGAUUGCCUGCCAGAUGUUGAGAAGGCUACUCUGAAGAUGCUGUUGGAUCACCUGAAACUGGUGGCUUCUUACCAUGAAGUAAAUAAGAUGACGUGCCAGAAUUUAGCUGUAUGUUUUGGGCCUGUGUUACUGAGCCAGAGGCAGGAGACCACCAACCAUAACAACAGGGUCUUCACAGACUCGGAAGAGCUUGCUAGUGCCCUGGACUUCAAAAAACACAUAGAGGUUCUUCACUAUUUACUCCAGCUGUGGCCAGUACGUCCCUCACCAGCCAAAGAACCAGCACAUCUGAAUGCGUUUCCCGAGCAUCCAUCCUCCCUGAAUUACCUGAGACCCAAGAGGCAGAGACCUCAGAUGCUGAACCUGAGCAGUACUGAGAUGUCCGGGGUGCUCAGACCAAGGCCUGCAGGUUUGGACAGUCCCUCGAGCAACCGCUACGCUGGAGACUGGAGCAGUUGUGGGGAGAACUAUUUCUUAAACCCAAAAGACUGCCUGGGUGAAGCGGACUACGAUGAUGUCCCUUCGGAAGACUCAGAGAGCGGGGAUGACAGCAGCAAAGCUGAGGAGCCAGAUGCCCUGGUGAGGUGCCCACAGCCCAUCCCCGGAGAGCAGACGUUUCAGAGCUACUUGACCAUGCAAGCGAUAGACUCUGCAGUGGAUCACCGAGCAAACCUCAAAGACCUGCAGGAAAGUAUUGAUACUCUAAUAGGAAACCUGGAAAGGGAACUCAACAAGAACAAGCUAAAUAUGAGUUACUAAAUCCUGCCCUGCAUGACACCUCCUCCCAGUGCCUUCGUGCCCCUCACUGGGUGUCCCGCAGCCAUGUGAGGAGCGAUGGUGCCCUUGAACGCCUCGUGGCGAGGCCACGGCUCACCUUGCAUUAACAAAUUUUAAGCCAUUCCGUUACAUUUCUGCCUCCUUCUAACAAAAAGGUGUUGUCCUGAUUCUGGUGUUGGAGACGAGCCUAGGGACCAUGAGGUGAUUCCACAUAGUGGCAUUUCUUCCUAAAAAUACUGUGUACUUAGGCAAUCUGGGCAAUACCUGGCAGAAGAUAAAGCAACAUCUCUGCUGUCAUCAUCAGCAGAGCUCCUCAUUCCUGAAAACCUUGCUCCGGUACAGAUGUUCCUCUCGGAAGCGGAUGAAUGCUGCUUGGCCUGAGUUCUGCAGCAUGGACUUCAGAUAGACUUGUUUUACUAUAUAUGCAAUGGCUGCUAUGAAAAAUGCUUUAUAUAUAUAUAAUAUUUAUAUAUAAAGUUUUAAUUGUAUAAAUAUUAAUGUAUUCAUGUAUUAACACUUUUCAGUAAUUAUUUAAACAAGCAAAAAUUAAAUAUUUUUCUAACCUUGUUUGUAUAUAUCCAUGUAUAAAUGUGUAUGUGUCUAUAGCCACCUUUGGAAAGGAGAGGUUUUUCAGAAUUAUGAAAUGUCCCUGUUUCUAGGAAGAUGUGUUCAGUGAUGCCAGGAUGAAGUUACCCCUCGGUAACACAGCAUUUGAUUUAUGCACAGAAACAUGGCCAGAGAGAAGGCAGGUGAAUGAUUAAUGUAAAUGACCUUAUGUGUUGUGGGGGCAUCGGUUUGCAGGUGUUGACUAUUAACUCUCUCACACAUGCACCACCCUGUCUCUCUUUUUUUCCUUCCUCCCCCCCGCCAAUGUUUUUUUCAUAUAUAAAGAAAGCCUGGAAGGUAUUUAUUUUUCAAAAAAUACUUCUGGUUUGUUCUUGUAACCUGUUACUUUAUUCUUGACAUUUCAAUACUUUUUUUUCUCCAGGGUUUUAUGUGUUUUUGUUGAGGUACAUUUGUCUGGCUGCUGGUUGUUAGAUGUGUUUGAGCCCUCCCUGAAGGGCAGUGGCUCUGGAGGUGCAAGGCUCAAAUUCUGCACAAAGGCAGUUAUAUUUUCUCCAAGUUUUGGGGGGUUUUUGUUUUUGUUUUUUUUUAAUAAUUUCCUUAAAAUGGAAACCUGAGCUGUUACAUGAGAUUGAAUGAUGUUACUCCUGGGGAGUUUGGGUGGGAUUGCAGUCCACUGUGACCUUAUUAGAUUCAGCUAUCACCAUCUUCUCAGAUCAUCUUUUAUCUUUAGUUAUUUAUGGUGAGCAACUCACCACUUCAUGUUAAGGAAACACGUUCUUGGUUUAAUUAGAAAUAGUUACCAAAAUGCAUACAGAUGUUUCACAGAAACACAGAAUGUAGUCCCUCUAACCAAAAGGAGAUACAGUGCCAUUCCCUGUUGGUUAUGGGUCACCCCAGAAGGAGGAAUGGGAGGUUGCGGGGGCAAGAGGGUUACUUCUUGUGAGAGGACAAACACCCAGUCACUGGCAGGGUAGAACUUAAUUCUCUUCGUCUUUUUGGUACAAUGUUGGCAUCCCGCCAUGGAUUUCUAUUCACCCUGUGGGUAAGUGCUUUUCUGCUAACCCGUACUUCCUUAUAUUGCUUAAUUGAAGGGUUAUUUAUUUACAGGAGAAAGGAAUUGAGAAUUGCUAUGGCAAACUUCACCCUUCUUUUCAAGGAAUUAUUUUAGCGUGGUUUCAAAUGGUUUAUUCGAUCUCAUUAAUUUAUUUUUUAUAAGUGUUAAAAGAUGCAAAACAAUUAUUGCAAUAUGAUGAUAAUGUAUGAAAAUGUAAAUUUAACCUGAAGCAUUUAUCAAUAAAUCAAUGUAUUUUUUUAAACUUUUAUACCUACAGAAUGUGCAUACUUUUUAAACUAUAAAUUUUAAUUCUAAAUAAAAUUUGAAUUAAGAACAAAA